UGGUGCGGAUUGUCUCCACUGGGCUGCCGUAGAACAACAGAAAUGGCGUCUUCAUCAGACGUACACGUCCGUAUUUGUGGGCAAGAAAUAAUCAAAUAUGAUCUUGAGAUAAAGGCCAUCAUUCAGGACAUCAGAGAGUGUCCUGGACCUCAGGCUUCUCUCCUUGAGUUCAACGCAAGAGUUAAAGAGAAGUUCAACCAGCUUCGGCACAGGAUACAGGAUUUGGAGCAAAUGUCCAGGGAACAGGAUAAGGAAACGGAUAGACUGGUAAUUCAGCUGGAAACUGAGAGCCAGCGCAAGCAGUUGCUAAGUAACCAGACGGCGUGGCGCAAGGCCAACCUGGCCUGCAAGCUGGCCAUAGACAGCCUGGAGAAGGAGGAGCUGCUGGACCAGGGAGCCAGCGGCACCACCAGACAGAGGAAGGCGACCAAGGAGAGUCUGGUGCACACCAGCAGCGACAUCACGGAGAGCCUGAUGUCCAUCAGCAGGAUGAUGGCGGAACAGGUCCACCACAGUGAAGACACCGUGGGCUCUCUGGUCACCUCCUCCAAGACGGUGCAGGAGACCAACGAGGAGUUCCGGAGCAUGACCGGGACCAUCCACCUGGGCCGCAAGCUGAUCCUCAAGUACAACCGCCGCGAGCUCACGGACAAGCUCCUCAUCUUCCUGGCGCUGGCGCUCUUCCUGGCCACCGUGCUCUACAUCCUCAAGAAGAGGCUCUUCCCCUUCCUCUAGCUAGCUAGCAACGCUGCCCCGGUUAGCCAACUGGGAAUGCUAAGGGUAAGGGUUAGUUAACCCUUAGCUAGCUAACCCGGUGAGUGUUGGGUAGUUGGCUAGCUCACAUUCACCGGGGUUGAAGAGCUAAGGGUUAGCUAAGGGUUAGCUAGCUCACGCUGGCGGAGUCGGUAUGAAUAUAAAAGCCAUCAUGUUUCUGUCUCCCCACUUGAGAGGGCUGUGAUCCCGCAAGUAGGGAUUUCUGAAAGAUUUAGAGUUUGUGAGUGAGAACGUCCGGGGGUACGAGCCGAGGUCCCCAGGGCGGAUCCUGUCAGGUCGAAUCCUCUCCAUAGGUCUGCUUCAGUCUAUUCACAGGUCUGUUAUCCCUCCGGUGGGUUGUGUGUGUGGUAGCUCUGAAAGCAGGUCGGGUCAACAACAACUCUGUUACUUAGUGCCUUCUUUCAAGACGCCGCUUCUGCAACCACUUGGGAAUUGCACACUCGUCUUGUGUUUACACCUGAAUAAAGUUGUCUACACUUUCAA